UUCAAAAAAAAAAGCAAACGUUUGACAUUUCCUGCGCAAGUGUAAAUUGAAACAAAACUGAAGCAAAAAUCUACCGCAUAAAAUGGCUGCCAAUCAAAAAUCAAAUACCAAUUCCAAUACUCACGCUGCCUCGUUUCAAAUGAGUUUGAUGCCCUAUUCGAGUCAAAGCGGAAUGCGUCGCUUUCAAUUGACGGUGCCAAAUCCUGAGGACAAAUGUUUGAUUGUUCGAGCUUUAUUUGCGGGUCCGCUUGAUUGCAACUUUUAUACUUUGGUGCAUGAGCUAAGCUGUGGCAUGGAUGAUAUAGUUAAUUUUCGUAACUACUAUACUGACUCUGAAUCCAGCGCCACGGACACUUGCUCCGAAACUGAAACUGAAACCGAAUCGAAAUAAAUAAUCUGAUUGC